UUGCGCGCACACGACGACGCGAACAUCGCGAACAGACAAACGCUCGCGUGACGAGCCGAACGACCGCGCUACGUAAACUGCCGCAGUUACUCCGCGUGACGCCCGCCGCCGCCGCGGUAACGACAAGUGACAUAAUAAUACUAUUGCGUUACAACAAUAUCGGCCGCGGAAAUUCGUCGAAACACACGUCGUUUGUGCCUAAUAGUAAUAUAAUAUCAUAUUAUACAGUAAUCGAACCGCAACGUUUUCACGAGGUAGUACACCGCGCGCGCAGAGAUGACCGACAGGGUGUUCCGGACGGCGGUGCUGUUGCUGUCGCUGCUGUCGGCCGCGUCCGCGCGCUACCGGUUGCUCGUGUUGCACACCAACGACAUGCACUCGCGGUUCGACCAGGUGGACGAGUCGACCGGCGAGUGCCCCGCGACCGCCGGCCGGCCGUGUUACGGCGGUUUCGCGCGCCUCAAGACGGCCGUCCACCGGGAACGCAGCCGCACCGACGCCGGGCCCGUCGACGGCGCGCUGUUCCUCAACGCCGGCGACACGUUCCAGGGCACGCCGUACUACUCGUUCCUCAGGUGGCGGGCCGUCGAGCGCAUGGUCCGCACGCUCGGCAUCGACGUCAUGUCUUUGGGAAAUCACGAAUUCGAUGAAGGUGUACAAGACGUUGCGUCGUUCAUACGAAACACUAACAUCCCCAUAGUUGCUUCUAAUCUCGAUCUAACCGGCGAACCAUCAUUAGCCAAUGAGCCGAAUUUGAUGAAAUCUAAAGUUUUGAUGGUGAACGGUCGCAAAAUCGGAAUUAUCGGAUACUUGACACCGGAGACAACAAUUAUAGCAAAAGUAGGCAGAGUGAAAAUAUUGCCAGAAAUCCCGUCAAUUGCAGCUGAAGCGAAACGUCUUAAAAAUGACGGAGUGGAUAUUCUCAUAGCGUUGGGACAUUCUGGUUUCGAAAUGGACACACAAAUAGCCAGAGACGUCGAGGACAUCGAUUUGGUAGUUGGUGGACAUUCGAAUACAUUUCUGUACACAGGUAAUCCACCGGAUAUCGAUAAGCCUCUUGGCCCGUAUCCUUUUUGGGUGGAACAACCAAACACCAACAGGAAAGUACCCGUUGUCCAGGCAUAUUACGCCACUAAAUAUUUGGGAGAAUUGUGGCUGGAGUUCGACGAAGUCGGCGAAGUUGUCAAAUGUCAUGGGAAUCCGAUUUUAUUGGAUUCCCGUAUCGACCAAGAUCUCGAAGUAUUGAACGAAGUUAAGAUGAUGAAAAAAUCUAUCGAUAACAAAACUCAAGAAGUGAUAGGUUCGUCAAGCGUAUUCUUAGAAGGCGCUAAUGAAUACUGUAGGUUCAAAGAAUGUAACCUGGGGAAUUUCAUAAUGGACUCUUUCGUAGAUUAUAAUAUUCGAAAUAAUAUUAAAUCGUUUGACUUGUCCAAAUACUGGACCGACGCACCGAUAUCGAUAAUACAGGGUGGCGGAAUACGGACAAACAUCAAUAUUGUUAACAGAAGGGGUAACAUCACUUUUGGUGAUUUACUGUCAACGCUGCCAUUUCAGAACGAUGUAGGUAAAAUUACAACUAAGGGUUCAGACAUUUGGACAGCUUUUGAGCACUCUGUUCAGCGGUACAGCACAACGGCGGGCAACGGUGAAUUUCUACAAGUUUCAGGAUUAAAAGUCGUAAUAGACUUAAGUCGGCCUAGUGGCAGGCGCGUGCAAUCCAUUCACGCUAGGUGUGGAAAUUGCACCGUUCCUAUUUACGAGAAAUUGGAUUUGAACGGCAAUUACACGAUAAUUAUGAGUAAAUAUCUGGCAGAAGGCGGGGACGGCUUCUCAUUCAAACAAGUGGGGAAAUAUCAGAGUUUUGCAAGAUCGGAUUUUAAUAUCACGGAAGAAGAAAUCCACGUGAGGUCACCGAUAUGGCCAGAAGUCAGCGGUCAACGGAUAGUGCUGCUCAACGUGGGAGAGUUGAACAAGACACAGACGUCUAGCGGUGGUAGAAAACGUGUUUUGAUACCCCUGUCGCACUUGACAUUAUUACUGUUGACGAUCACGGUCACGUCGUGUCUGACAGACCGGCUUAUUACAUUUUAUUAAUACGGUUUUCAUAGCGUCGUGUACAAUUUGCUCACGAAUAAUUUUAUAUUUUGUGAUAAUAUUUUUUACCUUCUAAGUAUUAAGAAUUAAUAACGGCGAAGACAUCAUCUUAUUCGAUUAAUGGCCACAACAGUAUUGUUUGAAAUACUUUUCUUUCGCGGAAGCUCGAGAAUUAAAAUUAAUUAAGUGCCAAAGUUAUAAUAAAGUCGGUCUGACGAGUAUACACGGCUUGCAUAGUUGCAUGUCUAUAUAUUUUAUAUUUUAUGUAAAACUUGAUAGAUUAUAAUAUGUGUAUACUGUGUAUAUAGAGUCUUAUGGAAAAUAAAUCGAUAAAACGUGUAUGAAGAGUGGACAAAAAAUUACAUACGUAAACUGUGAACUAUACGAGAGUACGUACCUAUAUAGCUAUAAAACUCACGUGCAUUUACGUUACUUAUAAUGUAAUAUAGUUUACGAUAUUCAAUAAAAUUUUAAUAAUGAUUUUUUA